AUGGGCGACACAACCGAUACGGAUACAGAUUUAAAUAAAUCAGAAGAGCCAACGCCUUCUAGAGGUCUUGCAGCGAUGGUUGCCAAAAUUAAUUUAUCACCUGAACAGAACACUGACACAGAACCCAAUAAUGAAAAUCAUCAGCAAGCAAACACAGAAACAGAAGACACGUCAAACAAAAAUGAUGAAACGGCGAAAGUCGAGAAUGAUCCAGAAGACGCACAACGAGAAGCUGCACCAGUGGAAGACAAGGAAGGUGAAGAAAACACACAGCAAGAAGCUGCACCAGAGGGAGACAAGACUAAUGAAGAAGCCACGCAACAAGAUGCUCCAGCGGAGGGGGGCGAUGCUGCUGGUGAAGAAAACAAACAACAAGAUGCUACAACGGAAGGAGACAAAGCUGCUGCCACACUCCAAGCUACACCAGAUGGAGACAAGGCUGAUGAACAAGCUACACAACAAGAUGCUGCAACGGUGGGGGGCAAGGCCGAUGAAGAAAACACACAAGAAAAUGCUACACCAGAAGGAGACAAGAUUGCUGCUGAAGAAAUCAAACAACAAGAAGCUACAUCGGAGGGAGACAAGGCUACUGAUGAAGAAAACAAACAACAAGAUGCUGCAACGACUGGGAGCAAGGCUGAUGAAGAAAACACACAACAAGAUGCUGCAACGACGGGGGGCAAGGCUGAUGAAGAAAUAUUACAAGGAGCUGCACCACAGGAAAAUAAAGAUGGCGUUGAAGAGACACUCAACAGUACUGCACCAACAGAGGAGAAGGGUGAUGAAAUCAAGGUACCCGAGGGAAGUAUAUCGGUGGGAGACAAGGAUGCUUCAUCAAUAAAAGAAGAAAAUGCUACAACAGUGAAUGAUCAGGAAGAUGCGACUAGUGUGAAUCCAAGCAGUGUAGUAGCUCCGAAUAAUGAAGAUGAUACCAAUUUAAGUAAAGCAGACGCACCAUCUACCAAUUUAGUAAAUGAAGUACCACCAGAUGAUAAAACGGAAACUGAUCUAAGUAAGAAAUCUGAUAUAGAUUUAAAUAAAGAAGAAGUACUACGAAAAGAUAGUGCUGCAGCGGUGGUGAAGAAUGAAAGUGAUCCAAUAGCUAGCAUUAAUGAUGGAACGGUCGAGAACCAACCUGUUUUAAAUGCUGUAAAUAAUCAAGAACCGGACAAGAGUGUUGCUGCGAUUGUAAAUCAAGAAAUUACACCAUCACCUAUGCAACAGAGUGAGUUAAUUUUAAAGAAAGAAAAUGACCCUUAUCCGAAGAAUGUUACGUCUGGAGAUCCAAACAUCGAAAUAAUAAAUGACCACGUGCCAGAGAUCAAUGCUAAUCCGAUUUUAGAAGAACACAUUACAAUAGUACCUGGUAAAGAACCUAUACUGCGCUCUAUCAAUAAUGAUCAGGUGGUUUUGAAGAUGGAAGAAGACGUUGAAACAGAUCCAUUUCUGGUUCAGAAACCGAACGAAAAUAAAUCAAAAGACCCAAAUGGAAUGGAAGAAAAGAUACAAACAUUACAACAGAAUUUUAAAGUAAUUGCUGCGUUUAGUGGUAUCCUUCUUAUUUUAUCAUUAAUCCAAGUGAUUAUUGGCUGCUUAUACAAGAAUAAUUGUCCUAAGAAUAGUUAUAUUCCAAUAUAUCUUAUUGUGACAGGCAUUCUUGGUAUAUGUCUAGCUGCGGUUGGAGUCGGUCUGGGAUGUGUGUGGACAUAUGGUUCACUUCCAACGAUGCAGAUGACUGAUCCUACUAAUAUCAAAACUUAUUGUGAUAAGACAGUUUCUAAUAUUGCUGUAGUAACAACAAUCAUUAGUGGUAUAUUCUCAUUGGUAUUUAUUAUCUGCAGUUACUGCGUGAUAGCACCAAAAAAUGAGCUUGAACCAAAAAGACCUUACUAA